CCCACCUGCAGUGGGCCUGUGCGCGCCAUGACUGUCUCUGCUCUCUGCCUGUUUCUUGGGCUCCGGACUGACCCCGCCCACCACGACCGCCACUGGAACUAGGAGCUGCAGGCUGCUGCCCGCCAGGGCCCUGAUGAAGGGCGUGAGUGACUGGCAGAAUCCAGAUGGUGCCCUGCCAAGGAGGGAGGCCCCAGCUAACUCCUCUCACUGCUCUGCCACCAAGAGCCUGCAUGACUUCUUCCUGCCACUGCCAAGUCACAGUCCAUCUGCCAUGGGAAUAAAGAGUAAGGAUGGAGAGACCCCUGGGCAACUCCUAGGCUGGACCUUGCCCUGGGAUUCUGCUGAAGAGGAAGAAGAAGACAAGGCAUCCAGGGAGCACAGAAGGCAGAAGCCACAUGGAGAGCUCGAGGAUGAGUGGAACAGCAGGAGGUCUUUGGACCACUUGAAGGACACCUCCCAGGAGGCCCAGGAACCUGAGCCCUUCCCAGCCUGGACAGAUCACCUGGCCUGGGAAAAUGCCCAGAAGUGCCAGCAGCAGCUGCAGCAGCAGGAGGCAGAAGCUUGCAGAGCCCCACAGGCUGAGGGCUCCAGUCUCAGCUGGUGGCAACAGGAGAAGGAGCAGUGGCUCUUCCGAGAGUGAGCUGGAGCCCAGGAGGAGGAGCUGUGUGAGAGGCAAGCCAGGAGCCAGGCCAUCACCGCAGGCUCUCAGGGGCCUUGGGCCCAGGGCCCAACACCCUGCAGAGCAGGGAGGGGCAGCCUCUGGCACUUAGAUCAAGUGCCCAGGCCCCACCCUGGGGGAGGAGACCCAGAGGCCAUGGCUGCAGUCCUGGUGGCCAGGGCCCGCCCCCCCCCCCCCCCCCCCCACCCUUGGAGGAGCAGGUGGCUCCUGAGGAUCCAGUGCAUUUGCUGGCACCCUGACCACUUCCUACAGUGAUUAUGGAGCCAGAUUGAGACCUGGGAGCUAGGCCAGGUGACGGGAGCUGUGACAGCCCUUUCUCAGGCCCUGAAGCAUUCAGAGGCCCUUAAAUGACCUCAGGAAAAUGGAGAAACUGCAAGGAACACAGCCUUGGGGCAGGAUGGCAGGAAGAGCACAGUCAGAGACAGGAAUGAUGAGAGCCAGGCAGAUGCUGCACAGCAGAGGACAUGGGGUGGGAGUAGAACUGGUAAUGAGCGGGGGUGGGGAGGACAGGCCACCACCGCUGCUCCUUGACUCUUUCAUUUCCUAAUAAGACCUGGUUCGCAUCUCACUCCUGGUGUCUCCUCUGCCUUUUUUCCAUUGCUGUGGUUUUCAUCACCCAUGACAUCUCCUUUCCCGCCCCGCCAGCCAAAACCCACAGCUCCCACACACCUGUGACAUGCAUGCACGCACUAACACGUGCCCUCAGCUGGCGACAACAAACCCCCUGCUUGCCCACCCAUUAGGUUGGUCCUAAGAAGGCCCAGUUUGCCCUCCAGCAUGACUCCACUCCCUAUGCUGGUCUCCCCUCUGCAGUCAGCCCCUGGAGAAAUAGAUGUGAAGAGAGGCCAAAAAAAAAAAAAAGGAACAAACCCAGUUUCCCUCCCCUCCCCAGCCAGAACCACAUCCUCCUCCCCACCAACACCCCUCCCCCAGCAUAGACAGGGCUUUCCCUUUGCUGAGUCACUGAAUGGUCCAAGUUGGGGGCAGCCAGAGCUGGGGGACAUAAGGAGGUUGUAGGAGGUCAGAAGAUAGAAGCAGGAUGGAUGGAGGAAGAGCUCUGUGUGGGAGUGGAAUUUCAGUUGCUAAAAUUAGAAGCAGGGGAAGCAGGCGGAAAGAGCCAAAUUAUGUAACCUGGGUUGUCUGCUCUUGGGCAACAUGGAAUCCAACCCGAGGCCAUCUCUCCCCUCCAGUUCACUCCUCUCCUCCAGACCCUGAGGAAAGAGUGAAGUAAGAUGGACUCACUAUAGUCAAGUUGUU